ACGCCGAGUCGUGUAUCCGUGCCGCCGCUCUCGGUUUUUAACUUUUUACAUCCCAAGUGUGCCGACUUAACUAAGGGCUUGUACUUGGGGGCACCCCCGUCUUUCUUUGUGCCUUAGCCUAGAUCCAAGUACUUCGGCUUCUCUUUUGCCUGUCUUCUGGUCCUUCUCUGCCUUUCCACCUCCCCUUUCACGCCCCCUCCCUCUCCGGUCAUUCUGCACAGACGCGGCAUGGUGUCAAAGGCUUAAGAGACGAGACAGCCGUCUUGGGUGUCUGCCUCUUCAACAGUAUUUAGUCCCCAAAAAAACAUGACCGCCCACGUUGUAUUGGCCUUGCUCCUCCUUGCAGCCUGCACUAUCCAUGGGGCAGAACAGAACCACAGAGGGUGCAAUCGGCUCAUCACUGAUUCUCACCUAAGGAGCCUGUCUGAUCUGAUUGAUAGCCAGAUGAAACCCUCCUGCUUGCGGUCCUUUCAGUAUGUGGAUGAGAGAGAGCUGAACAACACUGAAUGCUUUCUCAGAGCGGCACAUUCACCACUAAAAAACAUUCUUGAUGGAAUUGAAUUCAAGAGCAAUACUCCAAAUCAUAAGAAGCUAGAAGAGGUAAAAGUCUUACACUUGAAAGUUGGAAGCUGCAUGGAUGAAGAUGGACAUGAUGAAGAUGAGAGCAAGCACUGCAUCAAGAGGUUCUACCUGACUGCAGAGGAGAUGCUGCAGCUGGUGUACAGCUACUUCAGCAAAGCUAAACAAUUCUUUUAUAAAGCAAAUUUCAGCCAUGAUUGCAGCAGUGUCUUCCAGAAGUGUUCAGACUCUCAAGGAAAGGGGACAACUUCUCCAGGUGUGGUGACUGACCUGGAUUGCAAGUGUCCAGCCACAAGCUCUAUGAAUGGGGGAGGCUCAGUUUCUCUCCUUCCAACCUUUGAGCCAUUCUCUUCCAUUGCAGACCAGCUGGACAGCAAAGAGGCAGCUGCCAGCACUCUCCAUCUAUCUAAGUUGCCUGGCACCACGCAGACUCAAGGCGGGUCAGAGGGUAGGACCAGGACCAGGAUGCAUAGGAGCACCCAAAAGGGCCAAGGAGCUGCAGAGAGCAUGGAUUUCAGGGUCAACACUGAUGCUAUCAUGUCCUCGCCACCAGAAGAAAUAGCAUUGGCAGCUGUGUCACAGGGGCUUGACCCUCUGUCCAUGGACACUGCAUCCCUCCUGGAUCCAUCCCUAAUCCUGCAUCUGUGGUCCCCCAGGCUCAGAAACAUUCAUUCCCAUCCCUCUCGUCCUAGUCAGCAACACACUGAAUCCAUGGGAAUGGGGUCUCUUCUCCCUAGCUCUGGAGCUGGUAGCAGCCAGACAUGGGCCAGUAAAUUAUCUUCUUUCCCUCCCCCUUUCUCUGGCUCAGCCAAACCCUCCCUCAGUAAUCAGUGGCUUAAGACAACUGAAGUGGAUGAGGCCAUUCCAGGACUUGCAUCUGAUUGGGAUAUGACUGACACCAGCAGUGCAUCCAGCCUAACUUUGGCAUCUUUUGCCAGUUUGCACUCUGUGGACAGCUCAGGGGUGCCCUCCGGUGGCAGAUGGGCAACACUCUUGCCCAGUGACCCAGCACUCUCUCCUGAGCCUGGCUCUGAGAAUCCUGUCUCUGCAACACAACAGCUUUCUAGAUUGGUGGUCACCACAGACAGUCCGUCAUCUGCCAGGCAGGUAUCCCCAGAAAGCUACUCCUGGGGGGAGCAGGGGAGCAGAGGUAGAGCCCCAGGAGUACAGCACAGCACCCAACUCCGAGAGAGACGAGCAGAACAAGAAGAGGGCCUGGCCAAGAACAGGGAACCGGAGGAUAGCAUGUCAGGUCCCAGCUUUGAUCCGAACUUGAUUCCUCCGAACACAGACAAGCACAUCAAGGAGCCAGGAGCCAGAGACACCCAAGGGAUGGCUGUGCCUUAUGUGGUGGUGCCCAGUGUCCUGGGAAUCCUGUUGGCAGUGGGAGGCCUGCUGUUCUACAUGCAUAAAUCCAGGAUCCUAGCCAGGAGGCGACUACAGAGAAAUGAGAGAAACAUGGAAAGGUCAGAAGGAAGGCCACUGAAUAGAGGGGAGGAACAUAUGGAGUUGCAGAUACAGGAGGAACUAUGAGCUGGACCCCUUUCCCUCUGGGAUGUGAAGCCACGUGGGGGUUGGACUGUAAGCCCCUCUUUUAAAAGUACAAUCCUCUUGUUACUACCAGGAGAAAUUAACAUAAACUGGACUCUAGGAACUGAAGCAAUUGCAGUCCCUUCCCACGAAGAGUGUUCUUUUCCCUCCUUUUUUUGUGAUGGACAGGAAUUCAUUAGGAAAUGGACACUAUAUUUAUUCCUGGCAUUCGUGGUUGGCUUUUGCACUUAACUGCAAGCUGCCCUUUUUCUGCCAGUCAGCCAACAAGCUGGAGCUUGAUGAGAAGGAUGGAAAUUGUUUGGAAGCUGACUUUGAACUUCAAAAAACCCUCUUCUGAUUGUGGGAGAGGGAAUUUCUAGGAACCACUGUGCCUUACUGCCUUCGGAAAGGGUGACAUCCCUUCCAGAGAAGAAAGGGGUUGAAUCUGCAGUUUUGAACAGCUACAUCUCUGGGCAAGAACAAACACUUUCAGAGCUUCUAGCUCCUUCCUCUGAAUGGAGAAGAUUUUAGGAUCUUGGGCCUUCUAUUUUUUUCUUAGACGUAACUCCAUAAUGAUAUGAAUUGUGGCAACUUGUGGUUGUUUUAGAGAGGACAGGCACUCUCCUCCCCUCACCACUUCUUUUUAAGUUGUGUGCGUGCAUGCGUGCGUUCGUUCUUCCUUGGGCUGCAUAAUAUUCUCCUCCUCUCACCUGCCAAACAUUCUCCGUGUUUAACUCGCCAAAUAGCCUAGUGCAUUAA